GGAGGCAAGAGGCAAAAGACGUUUUGCACCAUAUAGGACAAAAGAAUCUGGGAAGAGUUUUUUGGUGAGCUUUUUUCUUCUUGAAAAACAAUAUGAAAAAACACCAAAAGGAGAAGAGGAACUGCCACUCAUGCUGGCUGGCCUUGGCAAGCGUUCACUAACCAUAUCCGAAAACAUGACACAUUCAGAGUUUUCAGAGUUGCUUGUCAGUGCAUAUCCAAGAUUGGCAAAUAUCUGUGGUGGCUGGAUGCUGCACAAGUCCACAGGUGGGGGUGGACGGCGGAGCUUGGUUGUUAUUCCUCCAGAUCUACAUGGAUACACUGGCCAGCAGCUGAAAGUAGUGAGCGGGAAUGGAAAAUACACAUUGUACAUUUCUCCUUUACAAGAAGAACUUGAUACAAUUCCAUUACCACCUGAAGCAAAGGCGUUUGAGAACAUGCCCAAAGCCCAGUGUACAACCUGCAAGAAAAUGAUUCCUCUUCAAAUUCUUCCAGUACACAUCAAGGAAUGCAAGACAGACCUUGUAGAUUUGUCCUAUUCUGCUGAAGAGGAAAACUGCAACGAAGAACAUGAAGAUGAAUUCCCAGAUUCCAUUUGCAACCAGACAGACAAGACUGCAGAGUGUCCUGUGUGCAACAAUGCAUUUCAAGUUGACAUAAUUGAGAUCCAUGCAGCCACAUGCGGAUUACGACCUUCAGAUAAUGACGGCCAUGAGUCAAGUGGAUCAGUACCAGUCAGUCAAAUCAGUACCUUUCAAAGUUCUGAGGAAAUCUUGGAAUGGAUCGCUUGUCAAGUUGAUGAAACAAACACAUUUUCCAUCUGUGUGUCGCGAACUGACCUCUUCAGCAGAGGCAUGCAACAGUGGCAACGGCAGAAGAAGACGUCGCCCAAAUGUAGACUUAAGGUCACAUUCUUUGGUGAGGCAGGCAUCGAUACUGGAGCCCUUAGCAGAGAAUUCCUCACAGGAUAA